GCCUUGGCCCACUAAAUAGUCAACCACCACAAGGAAAACGUGCACAUCUCCCGCCAUGACGAACCACAUCUGUAACUUUCAUUCCAGAUCUGACUGAUUCACCAACUGAAAUGAGUUCCGACGCUCACCGCCGGUGGUGGCGGAGAUCGGAGGUCUGGAAUGUGAUAUCCGCUUUGCUACUGGGACAGUUGGCCUCUUUUAUUUUGGCACUUAUCAACUUCACUUCAUCUCUAUCAGCCAAUCUUGGUGCUAAUUCACCUGUUACUCUUGGACUUUUUGGCUAUGUGGCUUUGACCGUGGUCAAUGGAAGCAUAUUGCUGCACCAACGCCAUAAACUCAUAAUUCCAUGGUAUUGGUAUACUCUGUUAGCAUUUCUUGAUGUCCAAGCCAAUUAUCUAGUUAAUUCAGCAUAUUACUUCACAUCAAGUACAAGUGUAGCCUUGUUAGAUAGUUCUUCAGUUGCUUGGGUCAUACUCUUUACUUGGAUAUUUUUGGGCACAAAAUAUUCUCUAUGGCAGCUCUUUGGGGUAGCUCUAUGUGUUGCAGGCUUUUGUUUAGUGCUUGUUUCUGAUGAUGAGGCUAGUGAUGAAGGUGGCUCGAACCCACUUUUGGGUGAUAUACUUGUCACAGGAGCGGAAGUUUUCUUUGCACUGAGCUAUGUUGGUGAGGAAUUUUGUGUGAAGAACAACGGUCGUCUUGAAGUAUUAACAAUGCUUGGGCUGUUUGGAAUGCUUUUAAGUGUGAUUGAGAUUGCUAUAUUGGAGAGGAAGAAUCUAGAAGCAGUAACAUGGUCUGCAGAACUUAUACUAACAUUUGUUGGUUACACGGUUGGAUUCUUCAUGUUUUAUACUUUAACUCCUCUUAUUCUACAGAAAAGUGGCGCCACGUUGUUCAACCUAUCACUCCUUACGGCUAAUAUGUGGGUUGUUGUCAUUCGCAUCUUUUUCUACCACGAGCAGGUAGACUGGUUAUACUACGUAUCGUUUUCAAUUGUUGGUGUUGGCCUUUGCAUAUAUUCCAAAAAUGAGAAGAACUCUGAUCGGUUACAAAAACCCGAAAAUGGGAUCUUCAACACACAAUACCAGCUGGUUCAUGAACAAUGUACCGAUAGCCGAGUUUUUACGGAUAAAAUCUGAAAUAUUAUCCAACAUUAUGGCUUGUUUCUCAUGAGAAUUUGAGUUGAAUUUCAUUGACUUAGAAUUGCCUAUUUGCUCAUGAUAUAUUAGAAAUAGUUUAUUUGUA